AUGGCGAGCAAAAGUAAUCCGGCAAUUGGCCGGCCUUCUGUUAGACCCGAAGAUGCACAGGAAGCUGUCAAAGAUUGUACUCUGAAGAAAAAAAUACCUCCACAAGAGCCACCUUGUGCUAAAGAAGAGGAAUGGAAGUGCUCAGACGAUCCUCCUUGGCGCACCUACAUGAGAAUGUUCGUAGACGAUUUGGCAAAAAAAAGGGAAGAUGAGCAAGAGACAUCGGGCAUGUUCAAUAAAACUGAGCGAAAGCCCCGCGCUCCCCUGGUCAAAGAGGAAUAUUUGGGCAAAAUUGUGCCUUCCCCUCGGCCUAUACACGCCUUUAGUGCAGAAGUUCAAAAAGCCUGCACUCUGCCCGAUCCGAUUUGGAAAGUUCUGCGCGAUAACCCAUCGAGCGCCAAUGAGAAUGUUAAAAGUCGAAUGGAUUGGCCAAGAUCGUGGCCAUGCAUAGACGAGGAUGAUGUGAGAAAAAUGAAAAUUAGGCUGAGAAAAAUGAAGAUGAAGAAAAUGUUGAAAUCGCCCUGCGAAGUCAACGCCAUAGACUCACCCGGUACGAGCGACGACGAGAGAAUGGAAGAGAUGGCGCACCAAAAGGAGCUCGGGCACGCCAGAAUUCCUGUGACGAAGCCCAAACCCGACAUCAAAGUCACGAUCGAUCGAGCUUGUGGCAAUCAACCUGGCCUGGUAUUCGGCGAUUACAUUUAUUGGAGUUUGACGUCGAAAAAUAACGCAAGACUCGAGUACGCCAACGUUUGCCUUAGAGGCUUGACUGGGAUGCAUCUCGGUGAGCUGUCGAGGAGUCGUCGCACGACUUGGAAAUUUUGCCUCUACCAGGCGAUGGUAGCCUUGCUGGCUAAAACCCAAUUGAGAUACAAGUUUGCGUGGGGCGCCAACAUCGAUUACAUUUACCAGCACGCCUGGCUACUGUUCACUCACAUCGGUCACUUGAACAUCAAAGAGCGUCAGAUCUUUGACGACGUUCUCGUCUUCAAUUACAACUACAGCAUCGAGCUGGAGCUGAUCCAGGAACUUUGCGACGUGCCAAUGAGCUCGUCGAUCGGCUUCAAAUACCUCGAGAAGGAGGUAGAGGUGAAGCGUCAAAAGCUGCGGCCCGAGCUGACGCUGACCGAGGCUACCUUCGGCACGCAGCGCCACCGCGAAUGCGCGCGGAUCACGGUUAACAAGUACACGAAGAGCAUCGAGAAGUGGUUCGACGGCCUCGAGAUGCGCUACAACAACUGCAUCAUCAGGACGUCGAGGUUCAGCAUGGCCUUUUGGCAGGAGGGCUCGUUCUGGUACCUGUACAAUCCGUACCGCUGCAGCGACUACGGCUUCUGGGACGACUCGGGCUACGCCUGCAUCAUGAAGUUCUGCUCGAGGGACGCGCUCAAGAGGCACCUCAUGCUGCUCACCGUCAGAGCCUACACUUACGAGGCCGUCGUCACGCAGCAAGAGAAGGACUUGAGGAAGCGCGGCAUCAAGAGGAAGCACAAGUUCACCGUGCAAAUUUACCAAGUCAUAUUCCACUCGUGUCGCAUACACAACGUCAAACUGUUCACGAGAGGCCCGAGAAAGGCCAAGCUCAAGCUGACGCCCAAAGACAAGGAGUCUUGCACUUACGAUCCAGAGGCUAGAUUGACCGACAAGACUUGCGACGACCCCGAAAGUCCGACCGACAUCGAUCGAUUGUCCGAGAAGCUUGAAAAAUCAAUUUGGCUCGACCAGAAGCACUUUGUUUGGAAGAGAAGCUUCUUCUCCGGGUUGGAGCCAACACCCAAAUGGCAAUAUUAUGACGUGAUCCAACCAGGUCGUUUCUACGUGCUCUGGGGAAAAUAUCACAUAACCGAUGAGCGAUUCGCCGAGGAAAAUCGCAAUAGGCAGGCGAGCGCCUGCUAUGCCGUUUGCGCGGCCAUGGUCCUCAUCAACACACCCGAGUACUGGACGCCGCAAGUUCUUGAUGCCAUCGUUGUAUGCGGUGACGAUUUUUACACGAAUCGUGCGCUGAGCCUUCAAACAACCAAGAGCCACGUCGAUGAGGACGACUGGAACUUGAAAGCUCGCGAUAGCUUUAGCAUCGGUGAAAUCGAGUGUCAUGUGCAAGCGUUACCGGUCAUUUGUGGCCAAUUGUACCUAAGAGGCCAUCGUUGUCUCUGGCGAUCGAUUGAAAAAUUAUUUCAAGAGCACGAGUUUGCUGUGUUGGCCUGUGAAAAUAGUCGCUUGGGUGUAUUCAAACACUUUGGCGUCUAUUACUUGUGCGACGUCAAAUCCUACGGACCUCCCAUAUUUGUGCCUGGAGAUGGAUCCGUCUACUUGCUGAGAACAACUUGUAUAGAAGAGCUCAUUGGUAGCAUAAUUCUGAUCAUCGGUUCGCCAGAGUGCAGUCAAUUUACUCUUCGGCCUCUCGAAAUUGUUAGGAUGAAGGAUACAUCGCGUGGUGCUCCGUGCGAUAGAAAACGUCCGAGGAAAUGCGGUGAUGACGACGAAGAUGAAGGUGCGGCUAAGAAAAAGUGCCCUUUGAAAUCGCAAAGAUGUCCUUACGCAGAAGACAAACUAAUGCAAAAAAAGAUUAAGAAAGUCCCGCGUAAAACAUGCGGCUGA